AUGAAGAACGCCUGGCUGGCUUCCUCACGCGAGUUGCGGGCUGCUGGAGUUGGUACUGAAGUCGCCCAGAAUAUCGUGGCUGCCAGAGAAACCAUCGAACCUGAGCGCGAACUCGAAAAACUGGAGUUGGCCGGUGUCGGCGCUCUCACCUGGCACCAUGAGGAAUAUCCUGCGAGACUGCGGGAAACCUUUGACGCUCCAGCGGUGCUGUACGUUCGAGGGACCCUGUUUCCAGGAGAUGAAUGCGCGGUGGCCGUGGUCGGUACCCGUCGGCCCACCGACUACGGUCACCGAGUUACCGCCGAAUUGUGCUCGGCCCUCGCUGCAGCCGGCGUAACUGUCGUCAGUGGUCUGGCAUUAGGCGUGGAUUCCCGCGCCCACCAGGCAACAGUUGAUGCCGGGGGCAGAACCAUCGCUGUGUUGGGAAACGGGUUGGACACUGUCUAUCCCAGGGAAAACCGGCGGUUGGCGGAGCGCAUAGUAGCUGAGGGCGGCGCCAUCGUCAGUGAAUUCGGUUUGGGAGUUCGUCCUGAAGCCUCCAAUUUCCCAAGGCGCAACAGGAUCAUCAGCGGCAUGACGCUGGGUACCCUGGUUACCGAAGCCAGCAACACCAGUGGCACCAGAUGGACGGUAUACCACGCCCUGGAACAGAACCGAGAAAUCUUCUGCGUGCCAGGUAGCAUUUACUCGGACUGA